AUGGAGCUCCUGGCACUGGUGCUGCUGCUGCUGGUUGGGACUCUUGUCACUGCCAUCAAGGAGGUAGCACUGGACAUGGCCCCCAACAGCUUCGAUGACCAGUACAAGAGCUGCCGCCCUAAAAUGGAGAGGAAUUUGCCAUUGGUUAACAGAACUGAUAUCUCCAGAAAUGACCUCUAUGCUGAAGCCUGGGCCAAUGCCACUGCCAAGUGGCACAGCCAGGUGUUCCCAGGGUCCCCACUGCGGAAGGAUCAGGCCAUCGCUCUCCUGGCCUACACCUCACCGGGGCCAAUGUACAGGAAUUUCAGCACAGCUGUGC